AUGAAAGAUGUGGAAAGGUGUUUUGGUAUCUUGCAAGCUCGUUGGGAAAUGAUUAAGGGUGUUGCUCGUAUGUUUGAUGAAGAGGUGCUUCGAAGCAUUAUGAUGACUUGCAUAAUCCUCCAUAACAUUAUUAUGAAGGAUGAGUAUGAUUAUGAUGCCCCAGAGAUGCUCGAACCCAAUCUCAUGAACACGACAUUGACAAGAAUUUAUGAACGGCCCGUGGGAGCAAAUGAACCACUGGAGAAUGUACCGUUGAUUAGGGACGAUCGAUACAACAACCCUAUGAUCGACUGUUAUCAGGAAAUGCAAUCUUCUUAUGUUCACGAGAGAUGUCAAGUUGACUUGAUCGAGCACUUAUGGGAGAUGAAAGGCAAUUACGGUGGAUGA